AUGUCUGGUCUGUCUUUAAUCGAUCAUUCUCCGCACCAUCCUUCUCCUGCACCGAAGCUGCAGACUGCCUCCAACCUAAUUCUUAUAGACAAUUAUGACUCAUUCACCUGGAAUGUGUACCAAUAUCUAGUGCUUGAGGGUGCCACAGUCACCGUCUACAGAAAUGAUGAAGUCACCCUUGACCAGCUCAUCAGUCUGCAACCGACACAGAUUGUCUUUAGCCCUGGUCCCGGACAUCCGGACACUGAUUCUGGCAUCAGCAACGGAGUCAUAAGACAUUUCAGUGGAAAGAUACCCAUCCUAGGUGUCUGCUUAGGAGCACAGUGCAUAAUCUCGGUUUUUGGAGGCCAGAUUGACAUCACAGGCGAAAUCCUUCAUGGCAAGACUUCGCCGCUAAAACACGAUGGAAAGGGGGUUUAUUCGAGCUUGCCUCAAGAUCUGCCGGUUACGAGGUAUCAUUCCCUAGCAGGCACACACGCGACGAUUCCCGACUGUCUCGAAGUUUCAUCAUGGACGACAGUAGGUCAGAAUGGAGAGAAGGGUGUGAUUAUGGGUGUGCGCCACAAAGAGUUCGUCAUGGAGGGCGUGCAAUUCCAUCCAGAGAGCAUCUUGACUGAGGGGGGAAGAACCAUGCUGAAGAACUUUCUUUCCAUGGCGGGCGGAAAAUGGUCUGGUCAGACCUCAUGUCCAGCGGAAGCAGCCCCCGGAAAUGGUAAUGGAAAGACCAGCAAAAAUUCUGACAAACCUUCUAUUCUUGAGAAAAUUUAUGCGCACCGCCGAGCUGCUGUUGAGGCACAAAAGCUACUUCCUUCUCAACGAUUUUCUGAUUUACAAGCGGCCUAUGGUCUGAAUCUUGCACCGCCACAAAUAGCCUUUCCUAAAAGAUUACGUCUGUCACCAUUUCCACUUGCUCUUAUGGCUGAGAUAAAGCGAGCGUCUCCAUCCAAAGGUAUCAUAUCAGUUUCCACUUGUGCACCAGCCCAAGCUCGGCAGUACGCUAGAGUGGGCGCAAGCGUCAUCUCUGUCCUGACUGAGCCCGAAUGGUUCAAGGGUAGCCUUGAAGACCUCCGCAUGGUGCGCCAAAGCCUUGAGAAGAUGCCUAAUCGCCCUGCCGUCUUACGAAAGGAGUUUAUAUUUGACGAAUAUCAAAUAUUGGAGGCUCGAUUGGCCGGAGCAGAUACAGUGCUAUUGAUUGUCAAAAUGUUGGACAUCAAGUCACUAAGUCGUCUAUUUCACUAUUCGCGAUCCCUGGGAAUGGAGCCUCUUGUUGAAGUCAACACUUCAGAUGAGAUGAAGAUCGCUGUUGAUCUGGGCGCAGAGGUCAUAGGCGUCAACAAUCGCGAUUUGACCAAUUUCGAGGUUGACCUCGGCACCACCAGCCGCCUCAUGGAUCUUGUCCCUAGCAGUACCGUAGUGUGUGCACUUAGUGGAAUUUCUGGACCUCAGGAUGUGGCCUCAUACAGCAGGGAUGGAGUUAAGGCCGUGCUCGUGGGCGAAGCACUCAUGAAGGCGAGUGACACAGGAAAGUUUGUGAGAGACCUGCUGGGUGCUUCACAAGACUCCGUUAUCACGUCAAAGCGCGAGACCGCUGUGAAGAUUUGUGGCACGCGUACACCAGAAGCAGCGCGAGUAGCCAUCGAGGCCGGAGCAGAUAUGAUCGGGAUUAUACUGGUUCCAGGCCGGAGUCGCUAUGUCUCUGAUGAUGUUGCAGCACAGAUUUCAGCAGUCGUGAGAUCGACGCCCAGACCUCUGAAUCAGGAGAGCACGAGUUUGCGGGAUUCAGCUACUGCUACAGACCCUUUUCAGCAUUGGCAGAAGGUGUUACUUCACCCCAAGCGGGCGUUGCUUGUUGGGGUCUUCAUGGAUGCUCCAGUCUCUCAUGUCGUCGCUCAGAUACAGAAGCUUGAUCUGGACGUUGUGCAGUUGCAUGGCACGGAGCCUUUAGAGUGGGCGCAUCUUCUAUCUGUCCCAGUGAUCCGCCGCUUCAAACCUGGCGAACCUGGCCUUUGGACUCGAGGUUAUCAUGCCCUGCCUCUUCUUGACUCUGGAUCAGGAGGCUCUGGGACGAAGCUCGACCAUUCCUUAGUACAGAGCUCUCUCAGCGCCGACGACGAUGUUAGAUGUAUCCUUGCUGGGGGACUAGACCCCACCAAUGUACAAGCCACAUUGAGUGCCCUGGGUAGGAACCAAGACAAGGUCGCGGCUGUUGAUGUUAGUAGCGGAGUCGAAACGGAUGGCAAACAUGACCAUGUGAAGAUCAGAUCUUUCAUUAGCGCCGUCAAAUAUAAGUGA